AUGUCAGCUUCACAGUCAACUUUGCCUUCAACACAAUCACGAGACAGUAUGCUCCACUUUUUUCAUGGUGUCACAGGAUUGAAUGUUGAAGAUUGUAUUCAUUUUCUUCAUCAAUAUAAUUGGAAACUUGAAGAUCUUUUAGAAGAUUUUUAUAAUGGAAAAGAUUUUAAGAAUAAAUCAAGUCAAAAUUCAAAUGAAAAAAUCGAAAAAAAUUUAUCUCAACCAACAUCCAUUCAAAAUCCAAAUAAAUUCACUGCGAAUAACGACCAAAAAAAACCAAUAGUUGAAGAAGACGAUCUUUAUUAUGCACAUCUUGUGCAUAAUUAUGGUGAUGCAGACGAAUCAGCAAGAAAAUUUUUGAUAGAUGGGCAACAUAAUCAACGAUUUCAACAAAUUCGACAACAACCACAAGAAAAUACUAUAAAUGGGUCUAUUUAUCAUGAGAAACAAGAAUAUCUUCGAUGUGGUGUUCAUGCAUUAAAUAAUCUAUUUCAAACUCCACAUUUAUUUACUCAUGAAGAUCUCGAUAAGAUUGUCCACCAAUAUGAUAAAAGAUAUGUAGAUAAUGAAUAUGGAACAUUAUGGAUAGGUGAUUAUGAUUUACGUAUAUUAAUUGAAGCUAUUAAAAAACAUGGACAUACUGUUCGACAAAUAAAUUUUUAUGAUAAUGAACCACUUCAAAAUCUUCCAUGGGAUUUAUAUUUUGGUUUAUUAAUUAAUUUAAAUGGUGAACAUUGGUUUACAAUUAAAAAUUUUAAUGGAAUUUAUUAUAAUCUUGAUUCAACAUUUAAAAAACCAUCAUAUAUUGGACAAAAAAAUAAUUUAGUUAAUUAUUUAAUUUUUCUUAUUGAAAGAUUUCCAAAUGUAUAUUUAUUUGCUGUAUUAUAA